UUUCACAUUGUUUUUUUUUCUUUUUCCCAUCAUCUAGUACCAAAAAAAAAAGGUAGAUUAGGAAUUUAGGAUCAUAGAGUUGUUAUUGUCAUAUUCUAAUAUGUAGGUAACAAAACAAAUAAAAGUUGGAGUACUUUAGUAGUUUAGUGUGAUAUGGUGAGAUACUAGGAGAAUAAGAUCACAGAUUCACAGUCCCAAAGUCCCCUCUUUCUGCUAAAUCACCAAGAUUGGUUCAUCAUUAACGUCUUUAAAACCCCCCACAAAUUCUCAAGACCCAGAAAAAACAACUUUACCCAUUUCAGAAAUAAAGAAAUUCCAACACGUUUUCCAGUCUUCCCAUUUCUAGUGCUACUACUGAAAACAGAGUAAGAGAGUCAAACUUAAAAGUCCCAUUUUUUCAAAAAGAUCAAACUGUUAGCAGAUUCUUCCCGAUUUACGGAUUUGCUGUUUCCAGAAAGAAUUCAGGGUUGUUCUCUCCUCCCUUUAAAAAUGGGGUCAUCAUCAACUGAGCUUCUCAUUAACACUCCCCUUCUGAUGGCUGACCACCAACAACCACCGGACACCGUCGUUGGCGCCGUCGACCACAAGAAUCAACCCGCCGUACGAUCAAAACAUGGGCGGUGGUUAUCCGCUUCUUUUAUCAUCUGGGUGGAGAUGGCGGAGAGGAUUGCGUACUAUGGAAUAUCGUCAAACUUGAUAAGUUUUUUGACGGGGAAAUUGGGACAGUCAACGGCAAUGGCGGCUGUUAACAUCAAUGCUUGGAGUGGGGUUGCUUGUUUGCUCCCUAUUUUGGGGGCUGUUAUUGCUGACUCUUUUGUGGGCAAGUUUUAUACUAUUAUUGCCUCUUCCAUCAUUUACAUCUUGGGGCUGGGCUUGCUAACUUUGUCAGCAAUGCUGCCUUCUCUUAGUUGCAUUGAUGGUGGUCCCGGAAGCUCAGCACAUUUGCAGACAAUAAUAUUCUUUGUUGCCCUAUAUCUGGUGGCCAUAGGACAAGGUGGGCAUAAGCCUUGUGUUCAGGCUUUUGGGGCUGAUCAGUUUGAUGGAGAAGACCCCUCGGAGAGCAAAGCGAAAAGCUCUUUCUUUAACUGGUGGUAUUUUGGUGUUUGUGUGGGUGGUUUGUUGGGUAUUGGAGUCUUGAGUUAUGUACAGGACAACCUUAGUUGGGGUCUCGGAUUUGGAAUUCCAUGCAUUAUUAUGGCGUUAUCUUUGGUCAUAUUUCUGCUUGGAAUUACGACUUAUCGCUACACUAUGAAGGUUGAAGGGGAAAGUCCAUUCAGUAGGAUUGGAAGAGUAUUUGUUGCAGCAGCUCGGAAUUGGAAGGCUACAUCUCCCAUGGUAGGUGACAAUGAACAUGCUCAUAGAAUCAAGCUCCAUGAUGGGUCUCGACAAUUCAAGUUCCUUGACAAAGCUUUGCUUGUGACAGAGAUAUCAAAGAGUGAGGUUGAAGAGGCAAAGGCAGUCCUUAGGCUGUUUCCUAUAUGGGCAACAACAUUGGUUUUUGCAAUUGUCUUCUCACAGCCCCCAACUUUCUUCACCAAACAAGGCAUAACAUUGGAUAGAUCAAUCGGGUCUAACUUUGCUAUACCAGCUGCAGCGUUACAGUCUUUUAUAGGCAUCUGCAUUGUUAUUGUUCUCCCGAUUUAUGAUCGUAUUCUUGUGCCAGUUUUCAGAAAUAUUACUGGAAAUUCUUCUGGCAUAUCAAUGCUUCAGAGAAUCGGGACAGGGCUGUUCAUUUCCAGUAUUUGUAUGGUAGUUGCCGCCAUCACAGAGAAGAAAAGACUCGAAACUGCUUCUCGAUAUGGACUUAUAGAUAUGCCUAAUGUGACGAUCCCAAUGAGUAUUUGGUGGCUGCUUCCACAAUAUGCCUUGUUUGGAAUAUCAGAGGCAUUUACCAUGGUUGGCCUGCAAGAAUUUUUUUACGACCAGGUCCCAAAUGAAUUGCGUAGUGUAGGAUUAUCUCUGUAUCUGAGUAUAUUUGGCAUAGGAGGCCUUUUAAGUAGCGUACUGGUUUCAUUGAUUAACAAGGCAACCAGUGGGGGAGAGAGCUGGUUUUCGAAUAACUUGAAUCGUGCACAUCUUGAUUACUUCUAUUGGCUGCUUGCUGGUCUUAGUUCCAUAGGACUGGGUCUAUUUGUGUAUUUUGCAAAGUCAUACAUAUACAACAAAAACAAGGCUCGUCUAUAGAAUUCUACUUCAUGUUGUAUGCAGAAUGUAAGCUAAGAGCAAAACGUAAAGGCGAGGUCAGUGACUUAUUUAUUGCUGGUUGGAAGUAAUUUUAGAGCUCAUGUACAUGAAUGUUUCCGUUUCCCCAUGUGUAAAAGUUGAUGUGGAGCAACUUUUAAGUGAAAUGCACUAGUAGUUGCCAUGAGAAUGUUGAGAAAAACUGCAAAUGUGUACUUGUUUAUUCGACUCUAGAUAUGAUGAAUUAUAAUUCUAUUGCUCGA